AUGUGCGUCGCGCAGUGCUCGUUGGGGCUUGCGGGCGGCCCCGCGCAGACCCCCCGUGCCGGCCUGGAGGACCGCGUGGUGAUCGUGGGCGCGGGCAUCGGGGGCCUGGCGACCGCGCUGGCGCUGCGGAAGGUCGGGAUUCCGUGCACGGUGCUGGAGCGGGCUGAUAGCGUGCGGUCGGGAGGGUCGGCGAUCGCGCUGCAAACGAACGCGUGGAAGGCGCUGGACCUCAUCGGCAUUGGCGACGAGGUGCGCGAGGGGCACCCCGCGCUGACGAAGAUGGAGAUCGUCGACCAGGACGGAAACCUCCUGACCUCGUUCGGCUUCGAGGGCCUCGCCGGGGGGCCGCACGAGUUCCGCGGCGUCAGCCGCCAGAACCUCGCGGAGCGGCUCGCGCAGCUCGUCGGCGACGACGUGGUGUUCGGCGUGGCGGUGUCGGGCGUGGACGUGACCUCCCCGGACGACCCGUGCGUGCUGCUCGACGACGGCUCGCGGGUGCGGUGCCGGGCGGUCGUGGGCGCGGACGGCGUGAACAGCGCCGUGGGGAGGGCGCUGGGGGUCUCCGGCGUGAACUACGCGGGCUACUCGGCGUUCCGGGGGAUGUCGGAGUUCCCGUCUGAUGCAGACGUCCCCCUCGAGGGGCUCACGGUCCGCCAGGUGUGGGGCGCGGGGAUCCGCGCGGGGAUGUACCCGCUCGGCGACGGCAGGAUGUACUGGUUCACGUGCUUCAACGCCCCCGACGAGGUCGUGCGGCUCCCGCCGGAGGAGAUGAAGCGGGCGGCGCUGGCGUCGGUGGAGGGGUUCGGGGCCGGGGUGCGCGAGGCGAUCGAGGCGACGCCCGCGGACGCGAUCACGCGCAACCGGUGCGGCGACCGGUGGCCCGUGCCGGGCGCGGCCGUGGCGUCCGGCGCGGUGACGCUCGUCGGCGACGCGCUGCACCCGCAGACGCCCAACCUCGGGCAGGGCGGGUGCACGGCGCUCGAGGGCGCGGUCGUGCUCGCCGGCUGCCUCGCGGACGCCGGUCCGUGGGAGCGCGUCUCGCAGGCGGACGUCGCGGCGGCGUUCCGGGCGUACGAGCGGCGGCAGACCAAGCGCAUCAUCAAGGUGGCGGCCAAGGCGUCGGCGAUGGGCCGCGCGCUGCAGAUCCCGUUCCCGCCCGUGCUGCUCGUGCGGAACCUCGUCGCGAAGGAGCUGUUCGACCCCACCAACUUCCUGAAACACGCCGUGUUCGAACACCCCCCCCUGGUCCAGCGGGAGGUGGCGCAGCGCGCGUCGACGUAG